AUGGGCUCAGUGACCUCAGCUUUUACCAGGUCGCGCAACACGUUGGUCAAAGUUGGUUCGGAACCACAGAAAGAGCCGGACGGGAAACAGCGGACCGUCUCCGGUGUGAUAUCAAGGCAAACAAGCAAACAGCUGCUGUCUGAGGCGCUGCAAACAACCGGGACCUUCAAAACGACGACAACACAACUUCCUGGCUCAAAGUCUCAAAGUGGACUAUGGAACACUCUCACAGCUGGGACGAGGAGUAAGGAAAAAUUCAAAGUUCAGAGCGACAUUCCAGAUGAUCCACAGAGAAUAGAAGAGAUCCUAGCAGAUGAGCUUCCGUUUGCAGACGUGCCAGAGGCAACAGAGAAAGCUGCUGUCAGAUUACGAUGUUUGGUGAAACAGUUGGAGAGGGGAGAGGCGUCUCUCGUAGAUCUAAAGAAGAACCUGGAAUACGCUGCAUCUGUUCUGGAAUCAGUCUAUAUUGAAGAAACAAGGCGACUGGUCGAUACAGAGGAUGAGCUCAGUGAUAUCCAGUCAGAUUCGGUGCCGUCAGAAGUCCGUGACUGGCUGGCCUCCACCUUCACGCGGCAGAUGGGGCUGAUGCUGCGACGAACAGAGGAGAAGCCGCGUUUCCGCUGCAUUGUACAUGCAGUACAGGCUGGGAUAUUUGUGGAGAGAAUGUACCGGCGAACUUCAAACAUGGUGGGACUGUGCUACCCUCCCUCUGUCAUAGCAGUGCUUAAGAAUGUGGAUAAGUGGUCUUUUGAUGUAUUUGCUCUGAACGAGGUGAGUGGCGAGCACGCGCUCAAAUUCAUCUUUUACGAGCUCCUCACCAGAUACGACCUCAUCACUCGCUUCAAGAUCCCCGUCUCAGCGCUGGUCUCGUUUGUGGAGGCUCUGGAAGUAGGUUACAAUAAACAUAAAAACCCUUACCACAACCUGAUACAUGCAGCUGACGUCACACAGACGGUCCACUACCUACUUCUCAAGACAGGGAUGGUGCACUGGCUGACGGAGCUGGAGAUUUUUGCUAUGCUUUUUGCUGCUGCCGUCCAUGACUAUGAGCACACAGGGACUACAAACAACUUCCACAUCCAGACCAGGUCAGACACUGCUAUCCUGUACAAUGACCGCUCUGUGCUGGAGAGUCACCAUGUCAGCGCGGCCUAUCGACUGCUGCAGGAUGACGAUGAGAUGAACAUCCUGUACAACCUCUCCAAAGACGACUGGAGAGAGCUCAGGGCUCUGGUGGUAGAGAUGGUUUUAGCCACCGACAUGUCCUGCCACUUCCAGCAGGUCAAAGCCAUGAAGAACUUCCUUCAACAACCCGAGGGAAUUGACAAACCCAAGGCUUUGUCUCUGCUGUUACACACGGCUGACAUCAGUCAUCCGGCCAAACACUGGGAUCUGCAUCACCGCUGGACUGCAUCACUGCUGGAGGAGUUUUUCAGACAGGGCGAUAAAGAGGCAGAACUCGGGCUGCCUUUCUCACCUCUGUGUGACCGCAAAUCCACUAUGGUGGCCCAAUCCCAGAUCGGGUUCAUUGACUUUAUCGUUGUCCCCACAUUUACGGUUCUAACGGACAUGACCGAGAAGAUCGUCACGCCACUGAUCGACGAAGCUUCAAACUCAGGCCCGGCUGGAUUUCGCAGUAUUACUGCAGGAGAUGCAAAGCGAAGCAGUGUGAACAGCUCAGGUUCUGAUGGCUCUCUGCUCACUGUGGACCUGAAGAACUUCAAGACCAUCUGGAAUGAGGAGGUUUCUCUGAACAGAGAGCGCUGGAAGACACAGGCAACUAAAGAGAUGGAGGAGAAGGCCAGGCGUGAGAUGGAGGAGCAGCAGGAAGAAACAACAAAGAAUCAGGUGCAAAAAAAAGACCCAGAGUCAUCAGAACCGAACCAGGACGGGCUGGGACAGGACAACCCAGAGACAGGGGGGAUAAACAGACCUUUGGAAGAAAGCCCCCAUACUGACAAACUAGAUGCAGAUAAAGGAAACCAGAAAUUACACAACGGAGAGGUGUCUGGGGCAGAAUCAUCAGCAGAUGAAGAUGAGAUUGCACUCAAUGAAACUAAAAAUGCCUAG